CCGGACACAAUUCGAUGUUGCACAAUGUUGUGUUACAUGACCUAACCAAGGUGCAUUUGGUAAGAAAAACUUCAGAAUCAUUGACCUGACGCCGUUUGUCCUAAAACAACAAGGUUUCCGAGAUGUACACAACAGCAGGUCGGGUUUUCUCCAGCCUGACACGCGUGGCUUUAAUUCAAGGGAAAUUCGUUCAUAAUGCGACACCGACCGUUGGCAAAAUGAGCAGUAUGCAGUCCCUCGCUCUGAGCUCUCAGAAGUCUGAGUCCAAAGAUGGCGCUGAUGAGGUGAACAAUGAGCCCAUCAAGUUCUCCACCAGUAAAGCCAGUCACAGAACUUGGAAAGUCAGACGCUCGCUGGGGGACACCGAGGCCCGCUCCUGGAAGAAGGUCCUGCCUGUCAGCCUGGUGUUCACCGGCCUGCUGCUGUGGGCCGUUCUGAGAGACUCUGGUCUGCAGCUGGACACUCCGCUGCACGUGCAUUUACCCAACGCGCUUUCAGACGAAAAUAAUAAAUCAAGUUAACCAAUGUGGGACUUGAGGUGUAUAUAUAUAUUUCUGGCUAUAUUUAUUAACUGUAUUUCAAAAUGUGGCAGCAGCUUAUUGCUCUCGAAAUAGAUUUAGCAGGGAAGCCGUCCAAUGCUACAGAAACUAAUGGAUUGUUUUUGACCAUGCUUUGCCUUUCUAUUUUCAGUUGUGGUUCAAUGUUUGCUUUAAUGUGGAUUGAAAUGUGUGAUUCAUGCUAGUUUUGUCUACCUCUUGAAACAAUGCAAUGUUCAAAUCUAGAAAUUAAUUAAAGUUGAAUGGUCAUUCAA